GAGACCACCAGAAGAAGCCAGCGCUGUCAUUAUCCAGCCCCGGGAUGCCCUGCCGCACUGCAGCCGUCCUGAACCUGGCCGUGAGAGGAAAGCUCACGCUCUGUUUGGCUCUAGAGACGUCAGCCUUGACUCGCUGGACGCCGCCGACCCGGCUCUUCUCACAAGCCAAGCAGUCCCAGCUGAGAGCUCCAGAAGAAAGCAGUCCAGAGAGAGCCGAGAAAGAGAAAGACCUGGCCUCCCUGGGAGGCAGUGGGGAAGGGUUAGGGUUAGGGCGAGAGGAGAGCAGCGCUAUCCCAGAAAGACAGGAGGAGCCCCAAAGUCUUUCUGACGGCAGUGAGAGCAACCAGUCUGCGUUUAGGCGCCUGGUGGUCUACGGGGUGCUCUCUUCCUUUCUGUCCAGGCCUGGGGCUCUGAAGGUGGAUUUCUGUCAUGGGAGCUCAGUGAAUAGUCUGAUGACGAAAUCCCAGAGCUGUUUCCUGAGCUCAUGCAGCAAACGCAAUGCCAUCACUAGUUCCUACAGUUCCACCCAAGGCCUCCCAAGGCUGCACAAGAGAGAUGGGGCAGGCCCUGCUGUGUGCUCCCACCCAGGGUCACCCCACGUGCUGGUGCCUGCAAAGAAAGCCAGUGAGGAAGGCCAUCAGGCUAGCUCUUUGCCCUCAGCGCUAUCACAAAGAAAAAGCCAGCAUGAAAAGGACGCAGAUGCUCAAUCAAGCCAGCAACAAAACCUGAGGGGUUGCUCAAACCCAUCUGAUCUUUCAAGGACCCCCGAAUGAAAGAUUCUUCUGCUGUCCUGUAGAAGAAGAGACCCAGUGAUCCUUCGCCCUCCUCUCCUGCUCGGUUAUCGUGUCACAGCUGAAGACAUGGACUUAGAGAAGAUAGCUGUGAUCCAGCGGAUGAACAAAAUCUUGAAGGAUGAUGGAGCUAAGACCUCCAGCAGUUAAGUGACUUGAGGACAGCC